GAGCGGGGCCGGCCGUGCUGCGCGAGGCGUGGAGCGCGGUGGUGCGCAGCUUCGCGCACACGCAGGGCUACGCCGGAGUGAAUGUUGUGGAAGCUCUUCAGGAGUUCUGGCAGAUGAAGCAGUCACGUGGUGCUGAUCUGAAAAACGGAGCCCUGGUGGUGUACGAGAUGGUCCCUUCCAACAGCCCCCCUUAUGUCUGCUAUGUCACGUUGCCUGGGGGGAGCUGCUUUGGCAGCUUCCAGUUCUGUCCGACCAAGGCUGAAGCCAGGAGGAGCGCUGCGAAGAUUGCACUAAUGAAUUCUGUCUUUAACGAGCACCCCUCCCGGAGGAUCACAGAUGAGUUCAUUGAGAAGAGUGUCUCGGAAGCCUUGGCAUCUUUCAACGGUAAUCGAGAAGAAGCCGAUAACCCGAACACUGGAAUUGGUGCUUUCCGUUUCAUGCUGGAAUCCAACAAGGGAAAAUCAAUGUUAGAGUUUCAGGAGCUGAUGACCGUCUUCCAGCUGUUGCAUUGGAAUGGCAGCCUCAAAGCCAUGCGAGAGAGGCAGUGCUCACGGCAGGAGGUGCUGGCUCACUAUUCACACCGUGCUCUGGAUGAUGACAUAAGGAACCAGAUGGCCAUGGACUGGGUGAACAGGGAGCAGAGCACCCCAGGAGUCCUUUCCAGAGAGCUGUCCUCGACGGAGAGGGAGCUGGAUGAAGCUCGACUGGCUGGGAAAGAGCUGCGUUUCCACAAGGAGAAGAAAGACAUCCUGAUGCUGGCGGCUGGCCAGCUGGGGAGCAUGCACUCCUCCAACUGCUAGACUCUGCACGCAAACUGUUCAGCUUCCCCAUGCCUACUAACAAUUCCACAUUGAAGGGAUCUGUGCUGUAUCACUUAGGGCAUAUAGCUGCCUCUUUUUCCAGAGUCGUGGCCCAUUUGCACAUUUUUUUAAGAAGAUGUUUUUAAAAGUUUCUGUACAGAUUUUUACCCUUUAGUACUAGCCUUUAGAUUACUUUUCAGCUUUCGAUCUGCUAAAGAAUUCCUUCUCUUUAAAAGUGCAUUUUAAAAAAAAAAUGCAGCCUUUCAGUGUUAACACUACUCUAAAAACCUCCGUUCAACCUAGGUACUCUACAGAUGACCGUAUUCUGUGGAAAUGUAGCAUUUCCCCAGGGAGAUCUGGUUUUGAAGAGAUCCAGACAGCAUGUUAUGCAAAACUGCCUUUCCUUCUGCUUUUGCAGUCUGAGGGGUUUGGUCAAACCCUCUUCUUUUUGAAAAGCACAGCACCCAGCAAUAUGUUCUGCUCCUUUGUACUAGAAUUCAUGCUCCAAUGGAGAACACCUCAAAGCACAUGCAUGGAGUUUUAGAUCUGGGAUUUUGAUUUGCUCCAUUAUAGAAAUAUGGGGUCAGUCUGCAAAAUUGCCAUCUGCAUCUGAGAUCAGAUUGAAAACUCCACAAAGUGUUACAGGAUGGGAGGUUUAGAUCUGUUUUUAGCUUCGAUCUUUUCUCUCUUGUACAGAAAGAGAGUCAGCUGGCGACAUAUGUUCAAACUGCUGCCUUAAUACCAAAUUACAAGACUCUGCUGGUGUUUAAGGGAUUGGCUUUGGUAUUAAGGAAUUGGGCUCAGCUUUUUAAUUACAUCUGUACUAGAGAGAGCUCCCAGCCCUAAGAGCUCUGCAGUCCCCCUGUUGAAUCCCCUUUGAACUUUCAUGGGAUUUGCGUCUAGCCCCACAGGAGUGGAUGAGCUUGGAAUGCCAUGAGUUACUUAGUCUCGUCUAGGCUGGAGACGCCAAAGUUCUGAGGCUAUCCUACCACUGUCUGGUGUCAUGCUAUUGUCUCCAUGCUAGCAACCUGGCUUUGGGCUGCUUUUGAACACAGCGUCGGACUAAACCUUUUUCAGGAAGACCUAAUAAACACUUGCCGGAUAUUUAGAACUGGCCAACGGAAACAUUGGGGGAACUGUUCCAGGUGUAGCACCAAAGGCCCCUUGCUUACUACCUUGUUGACCAGAACUGUAUUAACCUCUUGAAGCAGAACCUGGAUCCAGCUGGUCCCCAGCAGUGGAAGGUCAGAUCUGGAUCCAACCCUCCACUACACUUGGUUUCUUUUGGUCGGUGUAGAGAGGUCUGAACCAAGUUAUAAACAGGGCUGCACCUAGUCUAUAGCACACUAACCUGUUCAUAAUAUUGGUCAGAUCAGUCUUGAGGAUGCCAAGAACAGUCUCCCUACAUGGUUUUACUCCCUAAAAGGUUUAGGUUACCCAUGCAAGAUAGAUAAUAGUAGGCUGCAGAGGGCUGCAUUUAAUCUCCACUUUGGAACUUGCUCUGUUUGUUAUAAUGUUGCUUGAAGAAAAGAUUCCUGACAUGUAAAUUUAUAUCUGCACUAUUUUUUUAAACUGGUAGAGCCCCGCACUUAGUAUAAAUAUUAGCCCUGUAGUACAAGUAGCUUAAAAGCAUCCUUUCAAAUACCCAGAUGUCUAUCAUUCAGAUUUAUAGCAGAAAGGGGGGAAAAUGCCAGCUGCAGAAUAGCAGCACAAAAGGGAAAGCCAAUCAAGAGACAAAAACUGCAUUCCCAACUCCUCUCUAGGGUCUGCUUAUCCCAGGGAUUGACACUGAGCUUUCCUAACAGGCUAGGCACUCAGUUGCGAACUGUUUCAACUUCUUAGGGCAGUUAUGUAACUAAGAGAGAAAUCUAUGGGGGUUUAUCCAUUUUGCCCAAGUAGAACCCUCAUGGUCAGAAAUGGUUUGUGGAUGUUUGUCAUGGGCAGAAAAACUGCAGCUUUGUGGAGAUGGAGGCAGUUACGAGCACUGUUUUAAUCAGGUCAUAUUUACUGAAGAUGUAAUCAAAGCACAACCAUAGAACUGUUUGAUCAUUGGCUUCUACACAGUUGUUUGGGGGGGGGGGGGAGGGCAGGGGAAGGAAGGAGUUAACAACACCUUGGGCACCCCUUACUACUUCUUGGCCCUCAAAUGAUUCCAGUCUGCUAAAUUCUCCUGUGCGCACAGAUGCCACUUCAAUGCAAGCAGGGAUUCAUGGCUCUGGUUACAAACUGAAAACAUUUCACUGCUUGCACCAGGGAAAAAUGGGAAGUCAUUCCAGCCCAGCCCAUCCAAGUCCCUGGAUUUCUGAUUUUUGUGCAUCUCCGUGACACAUCUAAUGGGCAUUAGGGAGCCCAUAUUUCAUAUUUUGCUGUGGGGCCUGAGCCCAAACUUGCACUUUGAUCAAAGAUCCAGAUCCGUUUGGUUCUGCUGAGUUAAAACUGAAUAUUAAUGCUCAAAAAGCAAAAAUGUAGCUUGUAAUAUUCUCAGUAGAAAGUCAUACUCUGGUGUUUCCUGUUUAUGGCAAUAACUGAUCUCUCAGAUCAUAACUACCAAACCUUUUUACCUUUUAUCUAGUGACUUGUUGAUUUUGUAAGCCUGCUGUGCAAGGCAUUUAUUUGAAAGGAUGUGGGACUCGUAUCCUGCUUGUGAGGGCUUGCUAGUGUCUGAUUAGUUUUGUAAAGGAAAAGUUACAGUAUUGGGCUCUCUCCAUUAAUAGCAAAGUCUGAAUCUAUUUUUGUGGUGACAUAAAUGGCACAGGGAUUGAUGGAGUAGGAAGCCAUGGUACAGAAAGUAUCUGUCAGCUAUGCCCACACUGUAAUGGGACCAAUUUUAAGCUUGCUCUUAGCUCAGUCAUCCAAGGCCGUUGUCAUUUUAGACUCUUCCUUCACAACGUAGGGGGAAAACUGAUGUUUUGUAAAACAGCCACGUGGUACAUUUCCAGUACUGUUUGAUUUGCAACAUGUAGUGUGCAAUGCAACAGAUUUGCUUGUAAUUCAGAUGAGAUGUCAAUCACGACCUCUUGGCUUUUCCUCUAAUCAGCAUUGAAGAGGUAGGAGGCCUCAGGUGGUAGGGAAGAAGUGGGUAACAGUUGAGCACUUUGUACAGUGUUUCAUAUUCUCAGUUCACUAGUGUAGUUCAGGUUAAAUAGCCAGCUAGAGCCCGUCUCCUAGACAAUGCAGUCUAACAAAGCAAUGAUUUGCUGGUGCACAAAAUAAUCUUCCUCAUAACACUUUGAAGCCUUUUCAGUGUAUAAUCCAGAAGAGCUGAUGGGAUCUCUUGUGGGAUCUUGAGUCAAAGGCUGUCCUUUUUU